CCAGGACCAGGUCACCGCUCCCGUUCCAACUCGGCGCGGCCGCUUGCCAAAUAGUCUCCUCCUCCUCCUCCACCCCGGCCCACGCCGACGACCUGCUCCCCUAGACUCCCCCCGACGACGCGAGUCCGGCGCACGCACAAGCCACCGCCGCCGACUUCGCCCUCCCGCGGAAACCCAGAUCCGCCUGCUGUUUUCUCCAGUAUUUCAGCAUGAUUGAACAAGCCCCUGACAACGAUGUGCUGGAGAAGUGUACUAAAGACAUUCUCUCUCUAAUUAAACCAGAGGAGGAUGAUCGAAACAAACGGCAAUCUGCAAUUCAGGAGCUGGAAGUUUCCAUCCAAUCAGCUCCAGCGUUGAGUGGUGCUGCCGUCAAGCCUUUUGGAUCAUUUCUAUCAAAUCUAUACUCAAAAUCAGGAGAUUUGGAUUUAUCAGUUCAGCUCAUGAAUGGCUCAAACCUUCCUAAAACCAAGAAACAGAAGCAAACUAUCUUGAGACAACUAAGGAAAGCUUUGCAAAAAGGAGAUGUUGCUAGAACUAUGGAAUUCAUUCCUCAGGCAAGAGUCCCAGUUCUUCAGUAUGUGAGCAACCGCUUUGGUAUUUCCUGCGACUUAUCCGUUGAUAACUACCCUGGUCGAAUUAAAUCCAGAAUCUUCUACUGGGUCAGUACUUUAGAUGAGCGCUUUGGUGAUAUGGUUUUAUUGAUCAAGGAGUGGGCAAAAGCUCAAAACAUCAAUGAUCCAAAAUCUGGAACCCUGAACUCUUAUUCGCUUUGCUUACUUGUUCUCUUCCAUUUUCAGACGUGUCAGCCGGCAAUUCUACCACCUUUGAAGGACAUUUACGAAGGAAAUAUCACAGAGGAUUUUGCAGAUAUGACGCUUUACGACGAGGAGCAUCUUGAUGAGGUUUGUGCUGCAAAUAUAGCAAAAUUUCAUAGCCAGAAUAAGGAACAAAGAAACGAAAGCUCUCUUUGCCAUCUCCUUGCGACCUUUUUUAACAAGUUUUGUUUUAUCGAUGCCCUUUCAAGUGAUGUGAUAUCUACUUACACGGGUAAGAUUGAGAAAAUCCAGGACAAUCCAAAUCGGCAGAUGAAGAAAUCUCACAGCUUGUUUGUCGAAGAUCCAGUUGAGAGGCCUGACAAUGCCGCUAGAGCAGUUGGUAUACAAGGCCUCCUCCUAAUUGCUAGUGCCUUGAAGGAAGCUAAUUUGAAGUUUGCUUCCCUCGAGCAUUCUGACAGAGAUGGCUUAUUAGCAAUGUUGUGCACACCUGCUGUUUGCUCAAAACUUGGGGGAACAGUCAUAGCUAAGCCUCAUACAAGCACCCCACGAAGGACUCCGGGACCUAAGAGGCAGGUGGGAGCGAAGAUAUCUGGUAAAAAAAAUCACCAGGGAGCCAGAGGAUUUACAGGAAGCGGACCAGUCCAUAAUCCUACUCAGGUGUCCACUGAUACUACAGGGCGCCAAACGCCAGGACAGUACCGAAACCAUGAUCCUCCUCAAGUGAACACUGAUAAUACUGCAGGGCGCCAAAUGCCAGGACAGUACCGAAACCAUGACCCUCCUCAGUUUCGUACUAAUACUGCAGGGCACUAUCACCAGUCACCAAGACAGCCUGGGCAAUACCAAAACCAUUACCGCCCAUCGGCCUAUACUCCGGGGCACCAAACAAGAGGACUACACCAGAAUCAGAGCUAUCCACAGGCGCACAAUGCAUAUGCCCAUUCAGGGGUACCAUACCAGAAUCAUAAUAACUAUCAACAGGGGUAUACCCCAGGGCACCAAGCAGCAGGGUCAUACUGGUAUCAGAGUGGAUCGCAGGCUCAUACAAACAGGGCCCAAACACCAGGACAAUACCAGUAUUAUCAACAUCAGGGUUAUAUGAACGGGGCUCAAACACCGGGACCAUACCCUAACGGAUAUCAGAGUCAUCCGCUGGUUCAUACACCAGAACCAUACCAGAAUGGAUAUCACAAUCAGCCGAUGUAUACUGAAGGUACAGGAGUAUACCAGAACCAGGGAACGAGACAAUACACAGCUGACCGUCACACUAACAGGAACAAUAGGAAUGGUCUGACUACAAGUUCAAGGCACGAGCCUGUUGCUGGAGGGCUCCAAAAGGGACCGGCACGGGACUUGCGAUCUCAAGCCUCCUCAAGCCGUACAUAAUGGCAAGGAAGCAGCCAGCAUCAUUCCUGACCGAAAUUAUUUGUCCCAUGGCAGCAAUUUGUUGUAUCCAUUGGCCUGACAAAGUGUAUCGGUUUCAAUUCACUUAUGCAUGUCAUGCUAUUUAAGAUGGUUUUGCCGGCCAGCAUUUCUUUC